AGUGAAAGUCGAAGUAGGCCGUGGCGUUUGGUUUGUUGUUACGCAGCGCGUCGAUUAUUCAGUGAACUUCGCGCAAGUGUUUUACGAACAGUCGUCAACAUGAUGUGGCACAUCGUAGUGGCGGCCACAAUAAUUUUAAGUUUUUCGUAAAUUCGCCUGCCGAUUGUGUCGGCACCCGUUAAUUAUGUAAUAUAACCCUUAAUUAGUUAAUUUUUCGUAAACCGCAUUCGUCAAAACCGUCACAUAGUACAAAACCGAGAAACCGUUGCCGAAAAUCGAAGUUUUAACGACCAACGUAACGUUUGCUUGUAGGAUAUAUUAAGGCUGUGUCACAACGUAAAUAAAACGAAAUGGAAAACGCUAAUCCAGACUUCGAAGAACUAACCCUGUGCAGUUACUGUAAGCAGAAGUUCAAUGAAACAGACCAAAGUCCAAAGAUGCUAUCGUGUAAGCAUUACUUCUGCUUACAGUGUAUGCGCACGUCCCUCGUUAAGGGUCAGGGCGAGUUGUUCUGUGUCCACUGUUGGAAACGAACCGAGGUGGGUGAGAUGGGUCCCGAAUCGCUACCCACCUACACGCCCGUGCUCCAUCUCACAAAAAACUUCGCGCAACUCAAGUUGGGUGCGAAACCGCCCGAUAAACUGCCCAAAGUCAUAUCGGAGAACUGCCACACGCACGCUAUGCCGUUAGCGCUGUGGUGUCACACGUGCUGUGCGGCACUGUGUCGCGCGUGUGCCUCAUCCACCAACGAUCAUGUCAACCAUCAGAUCAAAUCGCAAUCGGAAGCGAAAGAGCAACUCGUGGGGGAAGUACAAAUGGACCUGGUGUCCAUGAACAAGAUGCUGGCGGAAAUCCAGAGGCUGGCGGCACAGCAGCGCGAGUUCCUUCUUAAAAUUCUCGAGGCGUGUGUCACAUUGAAGACACACGUCGAAGCCGAUUUGACCAACAGUAACUCGCACGUCGAAUUGAGUGAGACGAGAGACUUCCUCUCAAAGGCCCGUAUGAACCUGUCGGUUGCAGAGAAUCUGGGGGAUAUGCAGCAAUUAUGCUCGUCGCUGAAUAUCGAAAAACAGCGAUUGCAAGCGCGUUUCCAAGAGAUGUACCUGCAGUGCCAAUUGGACGACCUUAUUCGCAACUCGACGGUGGUGCUCGAUUUUCAAUUGCUGAAGCAGGCAGUCGGGAACAUCCAUUGCGGCGAGUAUCCUGCAGCACAUAACCGAGUCCUUCCCCUCAAUCAACAGAACCCUAUCCUUUUCCUGGCCAAUUACUGUCUCUCGCAACUCUAUUCGCGCCACGUCGUUUCAAAACAGGUCGUAAAUGGAAACGUCGACUAUCACAACCAUAACUCGGUGGUACCCCAGUUGCCGCCCAAUUACAUUCCGCCACACGGACCUCCCCAUUUGCUGCUCACGUCGCCAAAGAACGCCGUUUAUCCCGAAAACAAUAUGAUCGUCCACAGCAUCCAUUCGCCGCAAAUAAUCAAGAAUCCAUCGAACGUAUGUCCGCUUUAUUUUUUUAACAUCGACGUGAACGGGUCUCCGGUAGGCCGCAUUGUAAUUGAGGUGCGGGCGGACGUGGCGCCGAAGAUGGCGAAAAACUUUGGGGUUUUAACGACGGGAGAGGCGGGCAUGGGUUACAAGGGUUGCUCCAUAUUUCAGUGUUGGGAGGGCGAGAGCGUGAUCACAGGCGAUUUCGAAUUGAACAACGGUCGCGGAGGUCGAUCGAUUUUCGAAGAUUCGUUUUUUCUACCGGACGAUACAAAGUUGCUGGCGGUCCGCGGCACUGUCGGCAUGAGACGAACGCAAAAAAGACACGACAACUUGGGCAUGGUGGGAUCUCAGUUUCGCAUUAUACUGCAGGAGAUGCGCGGCUUCACGGGCAUCUUCGGCCACGUCGUCGAGGGCUUAGAGUUAGUCGAGAAAAUCAGCACCUACGGCGACAACGCCGGAAAACCGACCAAAAAUAUCCUCAUUUCGAAGUGCGGCAAAUUGUAAGUCGACGAUUACGAUAUACACACGUGAUAAAUGUUGAGCGAGUCUUAUCGUUAAUAGCGAUCGGUUAACGUUUUAUGAUUUUAGUUUUAUUAUUUUUUUUUUUUUAAUACGACCAACUUGUUUUUAUAAGUAAUCGCAGGUAAUUGUGUACGCAUAAAUAUCAAUUCGUCUUAAUUUUAAUAUCUACAAUGCAAUGAUUUUUUGCAUUUGUUUUAACUGCAAAUUCAAGAACUAGACUCAAAAAAACAAUAGUUCCCUACACACAAUAGUGGCAGCAAUAUAAUAAUAAUAAUUGUUUUUAAUUUUUCCAAUUCGUCCUUUGGAAAUUUUGACAAAUACAAAACAGGAACAUAUCAGUAUAAUGUUAAUUAUUUGAGAGAGUCUUCUUGUUGAGUUUGCACUGUCCGAAUAAUAUUUUUCGAAGAGAAGGGUGAAAAAUAAAAAAACCUAAUUAAUUGUUAGGUAAAUAUUAGCGUUUAGAUUUUUGUAGGUAGGGGGUGCAUGGGUGCAUAUUAGUAUGUAUAUGGUGUGUGUGAGAGGUCGUCGAAGAACGUACUCGUCAAUCGAUAAUUUAAUGAAGAAGAAGGGACUGCGAUCCGCAAAACGAUAUAUCAUAUAAACCCCCAAUUAUUAACAAAAAACAAACACAAAAAAGUAUAAAGUAACAUACACGAUAAUCAUAUUAAGAAAACAACAUUGUAUGUCGUCUGUAAGUGUAGCUUAUUGCCUAAUAGUUUGUAGAUAAAUAAUGAUGAUGAUGACGGGCCGUCUACCUUACAAAACCAUUUCCGGAAGAAUUAUAUUUUCUUAUCAUAUAGAUAGCGUAAAAAAAAAGCAGAUGGAACAAUAUUUUUAAAAUGGCAAAACGACGUACGUUAUUAGCUUUUUAAGAAAUAAAAAAAAUCGUAGUUUAGUUGCAAUCGUUUUUUGUAAUUACGACAUUACCAAUACAUGUUAGUCGUCUAAUCAAACACUUCUAUAUGUUCGUUAAAAAAUAUAUAUAUUUACGGAAACGCAAUCAAGUAAUUAAUUAAUUGUCCGUUCAUAUUAUUAGCCAGUAUUUAUUAAUAUUUUCCUUUCUAUACUAUAUCUUCUAUUCCUGUAUGUAAUUUUGUUGUAACUGUUUUUUUUUUAAUUAAUUUAAUUAUUUUCGGUGCACAUUAGUUCCGUUAAUUUUAUUGUUGUAUUUGUUU